AGCGGGGCGGGCGGAACGCGGCGGGUUCGAAUCCCGGCGGCGCCGCGCCCGCCAUGAACUUCUCGGAGCUGUUCAAGCUCUCGGGGCUCCUGGGCCGCUUCUCCCCCGACGGAAAAUGCCUGGCCUCGUGUAUACAGCACCGUCUGGUGGUUCGGGAUGCCAGCUCCCUGCAGAUCCUCCAGCUGUACACCUGCCUGGACCAGAUCCAGUACAUCGAGUGGUCCUCAGACUCCCUGUUCAUCCUGUGUGCCAUGUACAAGCGGGGCAUUGUCCAGGUCUGGUCCCUGGAGCAGCCGGACUGGCACUGUAAGAUCGACGAGGGCUCCGCGGGAUUGGUGGCUUCAUGCUGGAGUCCGGACGGGCGUCACAUCCUCAACACCACCGAGUUCCAUCUGCGAAUCACGGUGUGGUCCUUGUGCACCAAGUCUGUGUCUUACAUCAAGUACCCCAAAGCAUGCCAGCAAGGGGUGGCUUUCACCAAGGAUGGGCGCUACGUGGCCGUGGCGGAGCGACGUGACUGCAAGGAUUUCAUCAGCAUCUUCGUGUGCAACAACUGGCAGCUCCUCAGGCAUUUUGACACUGAAACCCAGGAUUUGUUUGGGAUUGAGUGGGCUCCCAAUGGCUGUGUGCUGGCAGCGUGGGACACAUGCCUGGAGUACAAGGUGCUGCUGUACUCCCUGGAUGGGCGGCUGCUCUCCUCCUACCGCGCCUACGAAUGGCCCCUGGGCGUCAGAUCAAUCGCCUGGAGUCCCAGCAGCCAGUUCCUGGCCAUUGGCAGCUUUGAUGAGAAAGUGCGUAUCCUGAACCAUGUGACGUGGAAGAAGAUCACAGAGCUUGACCAUCCAGCAACCAUUUCCAGCAAAAAGACUAUUGUGUAUAAAGAAGUGGAGAAAUCCCCAACUGUUGACACAGAGAGACUUACUUUCCCUCCAACAAGAGCAUUGGCUAGUUCUCUCUUCAGCACACAGAGUAAAUAUGACAUUUCCCAGGUGCCAGUUUCUUUACAGUACAUCAAACCAGUUGCUGACAGGGCAAAUCCCAAAGUGGGAGUUGGGAUGUUGGCUUUCAGUGCUGAUAACUCUUUCCUGGCAACCAAAAAUGAUAACAUUCCCAACGCCGUGUGGAUCUGGGACAUCCGGAAGCUGAAGCUGUCAGUGGUGUUGGAGCAGCUGUGCACGAUCCAGGCUUUCCAGUGGGACCCCUGCCAGCCCCGCCUGGCCGUGUGCACAGGCAGCAGCAGAGUGUACCUGUGGUCCCCAGCUGGCUGUGUGGUCGUGCAGGUGCCUGGGGAAGGUGACUUCCAGAUCACAUCUAUCUCCUGGCAUUCCAGUGGGGACUCCAUGCUGCUCCUGAGUAAGGACAACUUCUGUGUGUGUUACUUGGAAAGAGAAGAAGUAAAAUAAAAGAACUAAAAUGCAUUAAAAAUGGUCCCAGGUCUGAGGAAGAAAGAGGAAAGGAGUCAAAACCUGUUGCCCAGUCUGAAGUGUUUGUAUAAGUUAUAAGUUAACUUUUGUAAGUUAUUUAUUUGAAGGAGCUCCAAGCUCAGUGUGUGAAAUACUGUGACUGCAUUUGAAUGAAGUGAUGUAGCAAGUGAAAUGUAAGGAAUGAGUGUCUAUUGCAAAAAAUCUGGGUAUUGAUGGAGUUGAUCAUCUCUUUUUCAACACUGAACCCUUAUUUUCUACUACUGUAGCUCUGUAUGUAUAUAAUGUAUAGCUAUUAUUUAAAUUUUCUAUUCCCAAUAAAUAUUUUGAUAGUUACAAACUAUAAACCUGCACCUCUGCACUUGAAAGUCUGUUUCAGUGUGAUCAGUGAUGUCAUGUAGUGAUUUAUCCCAGCACGAGGAAACUGUUAUUUGCACACAAAUAAUUUUGGGUGACAGUAACUGCCUGGGCCACCAUGGAUUUAUUACAUGGAAUCUUUGCCAGAGGGAUCACAAUUGACACUUCAGGAUACUAAAUUACAGGUAACUGAAAUGGGAGUUCUUGUCCCAGCUUGGGUGCCAAAUAGGACUGGAUGGUUUGGCAGGGAAAGAGCAGCUGGAUAUCCUUAUUUUC